AUGCGUGUUCACGGGCUGAUAGUGACCGUUUUGCUCUUUAAUUAUGUGCAUUGCUACUUCAUAAAAGAUGGAUAUUCAUUGGAACUUUAUAAUACCAGCGAUGUUAGCUUCAAGGUUAAGCCUAUAAACGAUGGCCCAUUGCCGCUUUACUAUGAUUGGAGGGAAGAAGGCUUCGUUUCGCCGGUUAAAGACCAAGGGGCUUGCGGUGCUUGUUGGGCGUUCAGCGCUGUCGCUAACAUCGAGAGUCAUAUCAAGAUAUAUCUGGACAAGGAGGUUACACUUUCUGAACAAUUCUUGAUAGACUGCGAAGUGGGACGGGUCGGCUGUCAGAGUACUACUGUAUUGAAAGUGUUUGGGGAAAUUGUAUCAAUAUUCGGCGGUGUGCUCCAAGAGCGAGAUUACAAUUCCUAUUCCGGCCGGCCAGAGACCUGCCGCUGGCAAGGCAAACCUCAACCUGUCCCCGUCGUGGGGUUCCGUAGGGUGCAACCGGAUGAACGUGUUAUGACGGAGUAUUUGUUCAAAUACGGACCUCUUUCAGCGGCAAUAAAUUCGGCAUCUAUGGAAAAAUAUAAAGGGAAUUUCAUAGACGAGCCCUCGGACGCCGACUGCCCUGCCUCUAACCUAAAUCACGCCGUUCUCAUAGUUGGAUAUAACACUUUCAUUGACAAAACUACUGGAAAGCAAACUCCGUACUGGAUUAUCAAGAAUUCAUGGGGGAAGAGUUGGGGGGACAACGGGUUCUAUUACUUGGUAAGGGGAAGGAACGCCUGCGGCAUCGCUAGCGACAUAUCCUUUAGUAUUGUUAACUAA